UCCAGCUCCAAGGAAGGAAGGAAGAGCUGCUCGAGCCGCGUGUGUGUGUCAUUUCCAGUGUGCUGCAAAACCGCGCUGCUAUGUAACUCCCUGGGAUUAUUGAACUGGUUUCGCGGUCGGUGGGAAGUAAGGUUAGAAAGUUUGGAGAUACAGCCGGUGAUUUGGGGGGUCCAGGGCCCGCAGGGAAGGUGGUGCGAGUGGGUUUGGAAGUGGAGCGUGGCAGAGAAAAGGAAGAAAGGGGGGUUCUUUCCUGUGCGAGAACUGAUAGCUCGCUUCGCUUGCUUGCCACGACUGGACUGACGUAGAAUAUGGCGGAGCAUCACCCGGUUUCUGAAAACAAACACAAAUCCUCGCUGAACUCCGGGGUGGCGUACUCUGGGAACGGGCGCAGCAGCACGGCGGUGGCGGAGAGAGGCAACAGCGCAGGAGGAGGAGGCGGGCUGUCCGGCGGCCUGUCGCAGCCGGCCGGGUGGCAGUCCCUGCUGUCGUUCACCAUCCUGUUCCUGGCUUGGCUGGCUGGGUUCAGCUCCAGGCUCUUCGCUGUCAUUCGUUUCGAGAGCAUCAUCCACGAGUUUGACCCCUGGUCAGACUGUUAGAGCUCUGUGUUUUCAGCUUUCCAGUGU